AUGGGCCUCAUCCAAGAACUUGGAGGCCCCUUGGCCGAGGGCUUCGCGCGUCUCGGACUGGCCUCGCAGAUUGGUGUCGCGAUCGGAGGCUUCCUGUUUCUGAGCGUCUUCUUGAACGUGCUCAAGCAGGUGCUCAUCAAGAAUCCCAAUGAGCCUCCUCUCGUCUUCCACUGGUUUCCCUUCGUGGGCAGCACCAUCACUUACGGCAUGGACCCUCCGCGCUUCUUCAAGGAGAACAAGGAAAAGUACGGCGAAUGCUUCACCUUCAUCCUACUCGGCAAGAAAACGACCGUCUACGUCGGACCCAAGGGCAACGAGUUCAUCCUGAACGGCAAGAUUCGUGAUGUUUGCGCCGAGGAAAUCUACACGGUCCUUACCACCCCCGUCUUCGGCAAGGAUGUUGUCUAUGAUUGCCCGAACUCGAAGCUCAUGGAGCAGAAGAAGUUUAUGAAGGUUGCCCUCACUACUGAGGCUUUCCGCUCUUAUGUUCCCAUCAUCUCGGACGAGGUCACGAACUACUUCAAGCGGACCGCCGACUUCAAGGGCCAGUCCGGCGUCGUCAACAUCUGCCCCAAGAUGGCUCAAAUCACCAUCUUCACCGCCUCUCACGCGCUGCAGGGCAAGGAGAUCCGCGACAAGUUCGACGUGUCGCUGGCCGACCUCUACCACGAUCUCGACAUGGGUUUCUCCCCCAUCAACUUCAUGCUGCACUGGGCUCCGCUCCCCUGGAACAACCGCCGCGACCACGCGCAGAGGACCGUCGCCAAGAUCUACAUGGACACCAUCAAGUCGCGCCGCGAGCGGGGAGAGACGGGCGCCCAGGAUAUCAUGUACCACCUGAUGAACUCGACCUACAAAAACGGCGUUAACGUCCCCGACCACGAGAUUGCCCAUAUGAUGAUCGCCCUCCUGAUGGCCGGCCAACAUUCUUCUUCGUCCACCAGCUCCUGGAUCAUGCUCUACCUGGCUGCGCGCCCCGACAUCAUGGAGGACCUCUACCAGGAACAAAUCAAGAACCUCGGCGCCGACCUCCCCCCCCUGAAGUACGAAGAUCUGGCCAAGCUGCCGCUCAACCAAGCCGUCAUCAAGGAGACGCUCCGCCUGAACGCCCCGAUCCACUCCAUCAUGCGCGCCGUCAAGCAGCCGAUGCCGGUCCCCGGCACCAAGUACGUCAUCCCCACCAACCACGUCCUCCUCGCGGCGCCCGGCGUGUCGGCCGCGGACGCGCAGUACUUCCCGCAGCCCGACCUCUGGGAGCCGCACCGCUGGGAGAAGGAGUCGCCGCUGGCGCCGAGCAUCGUGCGCAACGAGGAGGCCGAGGACGCCGACGAAGAGAAGAUCGACUACGGCUACGGCCUGGUCAGCAAGGGCGCUGCGUCACCCUACCUGCCCUUCGGCGCCGGCCGCCACCGCUGCAUCGGCGAGAACUUUGCCAACGUCCAGCUGCAGACCAUCGUCGCCAUGACGGUGCGCCUCUUCAAGUUCCGCAAUGUCGAUGGCAGCAACAAGGUCAUUGGCACCGAUUAUGCUUCGCUCUUCUCGCGCCCGCUUGAGCCGGCUAACAUUCACUGGGAGAGGAGGGAUAAGGAGUAA